CAAUGUCAAAAUACUAGUGUCGUAAACUGUAAUUAAACGAGUGAAACGAACGAAUCAUUUUGGCUUUGCAUUGUAUUUAUUGUGAUUGUGCUCCUGAAAAGUAGAUAAUUAAUUAUUUUUAAGCGUUUAUUAUAUGAAAAUGGAAAAUUCUGAAGAGAUAUUUCUCUUUUUGGAGGAAUUUUCAAAACGGAAGCCUAAAACUAUUCCCCAAGAACUCAAUGAAUACUUGGCGUAUGUAGCGCGUACCGGAGACCCUGUCUAUCAAUGGCCUCUUGUUAAAAGUUUAUUCAAGGAAAAGCUUUUAAAUGUAAUUACUGAUUUUUACGAAACAUCACCAGGUAUUGAUAUCCCUCCAUAUCCAAACGUAGAUCCCUUCAAUUACGAUACUAUGAAGAACAGUCUUCUUGAGCGCUUAGAUUCAUUUACAUCAGCGCCAUUUACGGUUCAGAGGAUUUGUGAACUUCUGACAUAUCCUCGUAAGCAAUAUAAUCGUGUGGAUAAAUUUAUGAGAGCCAUUGAGAAGAAUAUUUUAGUAGUAAGUACUAGAGAACCAGGAUCUCAACGUCAUAUAGAGCCAGAAAACGGUGAGGCCAUUGAACCUGUGGUGAAUGGAUCAGACAAUAACUCUGAAUAUAAUGUUGAUGUUGAGAUGGAAGAUAUGGCAUGGAAAGAGAAUGCUGAGCAGCAAAAGCAGCAAGAACCAGAACCACAGCCUGGUUCAUCGGACUCACAUAUAUCGGUGCAUGAAAUAGAAGAGCGACUUAUGGCUAAAAAGGAGGCACAGAUGGAUGGACAAGAAAAAGUUAAUACACAAUAUGAAUCUGUUACACCACCAGAACUGAAUGUAGGCCAUGAUACACCAAUAGAAGAAGUUAAAAACACCUCAAGUGUUAGUGACAACCAAUCACCUUCAUUAACAAAUGAAAGUUCCUCAAAUGUAGUCACUGAUGUUCAAGAAGCUGCCCAGACAUCUGAAAAGGCUGAUAUAGAAAUGAAAACUGCAGAUGAGUUGUCACCACCAACUGGAUUAAUCAUACCAGAAAUACAACUCAAUAAUGUUGAGAUGACGGAACAAGAGCUCAAUGAACAGACAGAUAGUGUUGAAAUUAAAAUUUCUGAACUAAAGGAAAAACCUGUAGAAGAAAUGAGUGCUGAAAUCAAAGCAAAUGAUGAUGUAGUGGCACCUUUGAGUAUUGAUGAAAAUAGUUCAGCAACCAUUGACGAAAGUAGCUCAGACUCAAGUAAAGAAGAGUUAGAGCCCAAGCUGAUUUCAGAAGUAUCAACAUCUAGUGAAGAAAGUUCUUCUUCUAGUGACAUAACAGACGGUAACAGCAAUUCUCCUAAGACUGAAGAGACUCCUAUUGGUGCCCAAGAAGAGUCGAAUCAAUCUGAUAACCCUGCGGAACCUGCCAAUAGUGAGACAUCAGAGACUACUCCUUCUGUUGAAGAUAGUAAAGAAAUUUCUCCGAAAGUAAUGACUCAAACAGAUAAUUAUUCUAUAUCUGAUGUUAAUUCUGAGUUGCCUCAGCCUCCUCAAGAUGUAAAAGAUAAAGACAUACCUCCAGAAACUCUCACAGAAAUCAAAGAACCUGUUAAGGAAGAGAUAGUUACAGACACAAAAGAGGAAAAGGCUGAAAUUACUGACACAGACAAUGUGACUUCAACAUAAUUUAGAAAUCUAUCUUUUCUACUGUAUUAACUUAAGAAUGUUUUGAAGUGGACAAUGUACUAAUUCAACUACCUAUAUAUUAUAAUAGCAGAUUUUUUAUUAUUAUUAUUUAACAGGGUUUAAUGUCAUAGAUUCAUAAAUCUGAUCUACUUGUAAUUCUA